AUGUUGUUUGCGACGUUGUUUCACCCAUCAUCAUGUUUUCUCAUUAUCCUGCUUCUAUUUUCCGAUCAUCCUUCCACCGCUGGUACCACCAUCCCCGACCUAGCAAACACGGCGGCGCGUGUGUUAAACAGAGCACGGAGAGCAAAACAGUCAAAGGAAUUUCUAUACGCGCACAACAUAGCGCGUGUGUCUUCAGGCGUGCCACCUCUUCAAUGGAACAACGGCCUGGCUCGAUUCGCUCAUAAAUGGGCCAAACAACGUAAGGCCGAUUGUAAAAUGAUACAUUCAGGUGGACCCUACGGCGAGAAUAUGUUCUGGCAUCGGCAGCAGAAGACGUGGUCGCUGGAGAAAGUGGUGACAAGGUGGUUUGAGGAGAGGUUUAACUACGACCCCAACACUAAGACGUGCGCAUCGGGCAAGAUGUGCGGCCAUUACACGCAGAUCGUGUGGCGAGCCACGACAGCCGUUGGAUGCGCACGUGUGAAGUGUAAUAACAAUCGCGGGUAUCUCGUGGUGUGUGAAUAUGAUCCACGUGGGAAUUACGAAGGUGAAAGUCCUUUCGAUCAAACACCGUCGUAA